CGUGACGAGGGAAUUUCAGUAAGACACAUGCACAAUUCCACACACUGAGCAAAGUGAGCAGGUUUCAGCCGCACAUCGUCUUGUGCCUGUCUGCAUCAGAGCCUUGAGCGGGCAAAUCGAGAAAAAGCUCCUCCGUGCGUCCAGACUGCUGCUGCUGCUGCUGGUGGUGAUCCACAAGGAGGAGGUGGGCGAGCAUCAAUGCCUCCCCCAUUUUAGCUCUCGCCACCGGGCCUCCUCCAUCCAGCGCUGAGAUAAUGAAAGGAUGGCUGAGCAUGGAGGCGGACUGCACGGAGGACUGACGGAUGCUGCGAGCCGGCUCGAUGAGCAUCAGCACCACGGCACGAUGACUUCCACGGAGGACGCGCGGUCGGACGAUCUGUCUUUGGAGGAGAUCCUGGGUCUCUACAGCCAGCCCAUCAACGAAGAGCAGGCUUGGGCCGUGUGUUACCAGUGCUGCGUGACGCUGGUGAAGGAACAGCGGCGAAGGAGAUGCUCCGAUGCCGCCGAGGUGACGUCGGCGGCGGCCGAGGCGAGGAUAUCAGGACCGGGAGAUGUUCAUAUUGCAAAGGACGGAUCUGUGAGAUUGCACAAACCGAGCUGUGAAGGUAAAUACAACCUGAGCACACAGACAGAGGUGAUAGAGUCUCUGGGCAUCAUGAUCUACAAGGCUCUGGACUAUGGGCUGAAAGAGAAUGAAGAGAGGGAGCUCAGUCCUCCACUGGAGCAGCUCAUUGACAUGAUGCUCAACAUAGCCGAGGCCGAAAGAGACGUCUGCCCCGACGAAGGCUAUGAGGCAACUGAGGAAGAAAAUGACGACCCUGACAACAUUUCGAGUGUCCAUGGCUACAGAGGUAUCCUCAAGCUGUGUACGGAUCAUCUACCCAGUCAGUCGGAUGCACCUAGUCACUACCAGGCAGUAUGUCGGGCUUUGUACACAGAGGCCAGGGAACUACGGACUUUCCUGGACAAGAUCAAGAGUGCCAAAGAGAAUCUUCGUAAAAUGGAGGAGGAUUCAACAGAAGAUCCCAGAAGAGACCUGAAUGACUUACAAAAUGCUGAUUGGGCUCGAUUUUGGGUUCAGGUGAUGAGAGACCUUCGAGAAGGAGUAAAGCUGAAAAAGGUGCAGGAGCGUCAGUAUGACCCGCUGCCUACCGAGUACCAGCUUACUCCCUACGAAAUGCUCAUGGAUGAUAUCAGGUCCAAACGCUACAAACUGCGCAAAGUCAUGGUGAAAGGAGACAUCCCACCCAGGCUUAAGAAGAGUGCUCAUGAAGUCAUACUGGAGUUCAUUCGAUCCAGACCACCCCUUAACCCCGUGUCUGCACGAAAACUGAAGCCACCAACUCAGCCUCCCCCCACCCUGCAUGAGAGGAUCCUAGAAGAAAUUAAAUCUGAGAGGAAACUUCGACCCGUGACACCAGAUAUGGUCCGCAGGGGAAGACUAGUAAUUCGGCCACUUAGCAUGUCUUUCAGUUUUGAUGCUUCAGGUUUUGGCAAAACUCGCAGUAUGCCACAGGACUUGUUCCGUACAGGACUAGAUGAAUUUAUUCCGUACAUGGGCAGGAGGACAUCCAGCACUUUGUCUUUGACCAUUGAACCGGCAUCUCCCAAAGCAGAACCCUCCGGAUCUCAGUCUGUGCCCCAGAGGAAGAAGCUUUUGAAGGCUCCCAGCCUUGCCGAACUCGACACCUCCGACUCUGAUGAUGAGUUUUUAGGGAACAGAUCAGCAAGCACCUCUAGUGUAACAACAUCUCUAAUGGAUGACACAUCUCCAGAGACAGCACUGGGAAAGAAGACUCCACCACAGUUCCUGCCCAUCUCAUCGACGCCACAGCCAGAGAGGCGCCAGACCCCUCAGAGGAGACACUCGAUCGAGAAGGAAACGCCGACCAAUGUCCGACCAUUUCAGCUGCCCUCUAAACAGAAUUCGAAGUCUCUGGAGGAGUUUUGUUUCCCUGUGGAGUGUCUGUCUUUGACAGUAGAGGAGGUGAUGCACAUCAGACAGGUGUUGGUAAAAGCAGAGCUGGAGAAAUUUCAGCAGUAUAAAGAAGUCUACACCGCAAUGAAGAAGGGAAAGCUUUGCUUCUGUUGUCGGACCAAAAGAUUUUCCUUUUUCACCUGGUCCUACAUCUGCCAGUUUUGCAAAAAGCCUGUGUGUUCACAGUGUUGCAAAAAGAUGAGAUUGCCAUCCAAACCUUAUUCCAGUCUUCCCAUCUACUCCAUCGGGUCUACUAACACUCAACCCAGGGAGAGGAUGAGUGGCAUGAUUUCUGAGGGACAAGGACUCUCUGUGGCUGAAGACCGGCUGACUUUAGCUGCGGACGGCGCAUCGGCAGCUACCACAUCAAAAUCAGGAGCCAAAAAAGCUGGAAAGGCUUCUGGGGGAGUCAAAUCUGACAAGUCCGCCAGUGGUCAUAGACGACCGAGCAUCCACAAGACAAUGUCCAAGUUGUCCAAGCACGGCUCUUUAAAGUCUCACGAAGCACUUGAGCUUCCAUCAGAGCUGACCGAAGACUGGGCCACCAUGGAGGUGUGUGUUGACUGCAAGAAGUUCAUCACUGACAUCAUCGCCUCCAGCAAGCACAGCCUGUCACUGGCCACCAAGAGAGCGCGUUUAAAACGCAAGACGCAGUCCUUGUACAUGUCCUCGCCGAAAGGAAGGGAGGAGUACCGGCCCUCAGAGCGAACCAUCAGUGAGAUCUAGACUGUCUCCAUCUAGACUGUCUCCAUCUGUCUCUCUAAUCAAACCGUGGUGGAUGGAGGUUUUGUUGCAGUGUCCUCGUCAUCGUGUACAGCUCCUCCAGAUGACUGUCUGGUGUAGAUCUACAAUUGGAUUAUAUUAUGGAUGACCCUUUAAUUUCCACUCAAUUACUUUCGGGAGAAAAAGGACAACAAUCGCAUUGACCUUUGUCAAAGUGGACAAGUGUCCUCCUCUUUGAUGGCACGGUAGGGUGGUCCACCCCAGCUCACACCUAAAUAAGCACAAGAGUGAAGAAACAGAGUUGUGGGGCCUGGACAACAGUCAUGGGAUAAAGUGAGAGUCAAGAUAUUCAAAUAUUACAUUUUGUAUGAGUUUCAUUUGACUUUUGUACUCAUUUGUCUCUAGGGCACACUCAACUUUUUUUGAUGAAGGCUUCUCCACCAAGUAUUGCUCGAUGAAUUUUGACCCCAUUCAGUAUUCAGUCGCUUGUUACAUUCAUCCAUUUAUCACCGACAAUUUAUUUUUGUGCAGUUGUACUACCCUAAGACGACAUACGCUAUAUGUUGUUCUCAGUUUGACCCGCAUAAUUUAUUCUUGCCCCAACAUGAUAUGAUCACAUUCUUCAAACCCUUACUUAUUACAUCUCAUCAGUUAUUCGUAUUCCUGAAUAAAAAGGAAGAAAAAAACCAAUACAAAAACACACACAAAAAAAAACUAAUCCUAAAAACUGUGUGGUCUGAUAAAACAACACGUUUCUUUAUUUGAACUUUACUUAAUCAUGCAUUUCACAAAAAAAUAUUCAAAAUUCAUCUGUUUUGAAUUAAACUACUGUGAGAAGCACAAACAAAAUGAUUUUGUAUUUACAACAUAACAAACAUACUGUAUAUGGUUCAUAGUGCCCAUGUUCAGUAAUUAUAUUUUACGUCUUUUUUUUAAGUGUGCAUUCUCGUGCACAUGCAGACACAUCAUAGCCAUCGAUAUAACCUUUCAUACUUGCCUUUCAAUCAUUUAUUUAAAAUAGCUGCUUUCUCUCCAUUUUCAUAUUUGGCACUUAUAAAUGUGUUAACUUGCUGCUUCUGUUGGGCGCUAGCAAUACAUAAUCCACAUUAUGUUUACUUAGUUUUUUACGACAGGAUUUUUUUGUGAAUACAUUUUGAAAAUGGUGACUUUUACUUUAGAUAAAAUGCCUGAAAUUCUUGUUUUUGUACAGACGUUUGGUUGCAGUGGGGACAUACUGUAAAAGUACGUACAAUAAGUCUUGAUGUAAUGCCUUUAACAUUGUUCCUUUGCCAUCCAGAAACGGACUAGGUGGCUGAAAUGUGCAAUUCUAUUUUUGGAUUUUCUGCCUUAAACGUUGUCUUAUAUGAUCACGCAAAUAUAUUGACAGUCAUCUACAGCUACAGUACACUAAGUUUUUAUGAAGUGAUUUGCUGGCUCACUUGGGGAAGUCCACAGGAGAAGCGUCACAGUGUGAUACCAUGCAUGAACGGUGUUGCUUGUACCUUCAAUAUCUUACCAUCAAGCUCAAACUCCCUGGACAGAGUGCCACAAGUGAUCAAAAAUAAACAAAUGAAAUGCU